AUGACAGCAGAGCCCAGGACACAUGACCCUCUUGGUGACCCUGAUGAAGAAGAAGAGGAAGAGGAGGAGCCGGGUCCAACACACAGCCCUGAGGAAGAUAGGGAGGAAGAGGAAGACAGGCUUCACUGGAGAGGGCCAGUAGAAGACCUGGAGCUGAGAGAGGGUGAUGAUGUAAUCCGGGUCGUGGCUCUCAGGGCCCUCCUCCCAGACACAGUGUGGGGCCCGUACCCGGGCACUGUCCAAUCAGAGGAGGCCGCAGAUGACCAGUUGACAGAGAGCUCCAGACUAACUCUGGUGUGUGAAGAUGCUGACUGCUGGCUGAGUAGAGUUCCUCUGACCUCUGACACCAGUGAAGCCAACUGCACUAUCUACAAACAGGGUGACCAACUGUUUUGUAAGGUGAGCAGGGAGAUUUCAGCAGGUGAUUCCCUAUUGGCUGAGCUGUCACUGUCUAGCAUGGACCUCCAGUCCCCCCCAAUCAGCCUCACUACCCACAAUGCCUUGGUGAAAGAGGAGUCCCCCUACCCAGCAGCCCUGCGCCCUGACAUCCAGCUCCUCCCCCAGCAGGCUGGCAUGGCCGCCAUCUUGGCUACAGCCGUUGUCAACAAGGACAUCUUCCCCUGUAAGGACUGUGGUAUCUGGUACCGGAGUGAGAGGAACUUGCAGGCUCAUCUCAUGUACUACUGCGCCAGCCGGCAGAAGCCGGCCACGCCCACUGCGUCGCAGUCCCCGCCCCAAGACAAGACCAAGGAGACCUACCCCAACGAGCGCCUCUGCCCCUUCCCACAAUGCAACAAGAGCUGCCCCAGCACCAGCUCGCUGGAGAUCCACAUGCGCACGCACAGCGGUGAGCGGCCGUUCAUCUGCCUGGUGUGCCUGUCAGCCUUCACCACCAAGGCGAACUGCGAGCGUCACCUGAAGGUCCACACGGACGGCCUGAAUGGCGUGUGUCACGGCUGUGGCUUCAUCUCCACCACCAGGGACAUCCUCUACAGCCACCUGGUCACCUGCCACAUGGUCUGCCAGCCCGGCUCCCGCAGCGAGGUCUACUCACCCGGGCCGGGCCUGCCCAAGCUGCCUCUGGCCCCAGGUCUCAGUCCCGGAGACUCAGGAGUGGUCCUGAAGUGCCAGGUGUGCGGCCACAACGCAGACAGCCCCGCCCUGCUCCACCAGCACGUGCGCACCCACCUGGAGGUGCGCGUCCCGGCCGAGAGAAGCCCCACCCCGCGCCAGGGCGACCCUUCCUCCGCCGAGCGGCCCCAGGACCGGGAGCCCCCGGCCUGCGUCCCCCGACCAGACUCGUCCAGCCCGGGGGCCGACGGGAGCUCCGCCACCCCCCGGGAGCACAGCCCCCCGGAGCCCCCGGGUCGCCUGCAGAUCAAGGAGGAGCCCGACUCGGAGACGGAGGCGGAGGCGCCUGGGAUGGAGGUGCAGGAGCAGGGAGAGGCGGAGGAGAGGGAGGAGAAGGAGGAGGCAUGGGAGGGGAGGAGCCGGGAGCACGCGGCACCGACGUCUCAAACCUCGACCCCGCCCAGAAGCCCCCCCGCGGUGGCCGUUAAGGCCGAGCCUGCUAGCCCCACCCCCGGCUCAAGCCCCGCCCACCCGGGGGUGGGGCCAGUGUUGCCAGGCGGCGCCGUCUUCCUGCCCCAGUACCUGUUCAGCACCGAGGCGGCCAUCUUGCCGCAGGCCUCGGAGAUCCUCGCCAAGAUGUCGGAGAUGGUCCACAGCCGUCUAAAACAGGGCCAGGCCGUCACGCCCAACCCGCCGCCCGCCUUCUACCCAGCGGGCACCACGGCUGCCCCCGCACCCCCCCACAAGGGGGCCACCUGCUUCGAGUGCGACAUCACCUUCAACAACAUCAACAACUUCUACGUUCACAAGAGGCUCUACUGUUCCAGCAGACACCAGCAGACAGACUCCUCUGCCCCAGGUCCAGCCCCGGCGCCAGCCUCAACCCCAGCCCCAGGCACAGCCCCUUGCCCUGCCCCAGGCUCUGGAAGAGACGACCCCCAGGCUCCAGUGCCCUCAGGGGCCCACAGAGCCUCCUCGUCGCCCCAGGGAGGAGCAGGGGCGGCCAGCCGCGUGGCGUCCGUCUCCCCCUCGGGCUCGGAUCCCGCUCCAGGGAGCACCGUGGUCGGGGAGGUGAAGGCCGAGCCUGCGGGCGGGAAGGAGGGGGGCUCCUCGUCUUCUGAGGGGGAGGGGGGCCAGGCCAGCGAGGGCAGUCAGAGCCCCGGGGUGGACGACGCGGACAACGACCCGACCAGGACCUUCUGCCAGGCCUGCAACAUCCACUUCAGUCGCCACGACAACUACAUGGUCCACAAGCGAUUCUACUGCGCCUCCCGCCACGACCCGUCCAAUCACCGAGCCAACCACCCGGCCAAGGCCAUCGCCCCCGGCACCGCCUUCCUGCCUCAGCCGAUCCGGACGCGUAAGAGGAUGAAGAUGUAUGAGAUCCACAUGGCGAGGAGCAAGGCCCUGGCCCCCGUCACGGCCCCCACCGCUGUAGCCCUCAGCCUGGCCCUCCAACAGGAGGGCCGGCCCCUGGAGGCCCCCGGCCCCGUUCCCGGCCGGGCCCUGUCCUCCCGCAGCUCCAGCCCCGAGGGCGACGGCCCCAUCGACCUGAGUAAGAGGCCGCGUCUCCGCGAGGCCCCGCGGGGGGGCAGCCUGCCGGCCCUGCCCCUCUCCGACUACCACAAGUGCACGGCGUGCAGCAUCAGCUUCAACAGCAUCGAGAACUACCUGGCCCACAAGACCUACUACUGCCCCGCCACCACCCUGCAACCCCACACCCUAGAGACCCUGCAGCGUCUCCACAGGCCCGUGUCCACCUCGCCCCACACCCGGGCCCUGGACCACCCCGAGGGCACCUCGCCCAGCCCACAGGUCCCCGCUCUGCCCCGCUCCGAGGCCACGUCCCCCCAUGGCACCCCGGGGGCCAGAGUGAGCCAGGGGUCGCCCCCGGGGGUGUGUCCCUACUGCCCACCCAGCCAGGCGGUGACCUGUGACCUGGUGGAGCACCUCCGCAGUGCCCACAGCCUGGUCCUACCCUCGCCCCACCCUGACUCCCAGGCUGCCACCCCCAGCUCCAGCCCAAACCUCAGCCCCCGGGACGCGCCCCCCCCCAUCUCCACCGCCUAUCCCAAGCUGGGGCCCAAGCCCAGCCGGGACAGCGUCAACGGACAGGUGAGGCGGGACACCGCCUCCCCCUCCUCCCCCCAGGUGAACGGUAGCCCCGUGGGGCCUCACGUUGGGGGGGGCAGCUCCCCCUCCACGGCCCCCCCUCUGGCUGUUUCCCCUGCCAGAGCGCUCUCUCUAACUGUGUCACCCGUGCCUGAGGCCCUGAGAGAGGUGGGGGUGUCUCUCCUGCUUGACAAGGUGUCUCUUGCCCACCCCCACCCGGCGCCCCCUCCCUCCCUCCCCCCCAAGCCUGCGCUGGUCUCCCCCCUGCAGAACGGGAACUCCCGCUUCUGUCGCCUCUGCAACAUCAAAUUCAGCAGUCUCUCCACCUUCAUCGCCCAUAAAAAGUACUACUGCUCCUCCCACAGCGCAGAGCAUGUGAAAUGAACCGAUGAUCUCCCCGUCUCGCGUCCUACCUACCCUGCCAUCUCCCUAUGUCAGACUGGUUUCCCCUGUGGACUGUGAAUGGAUAUGUGACUGACUGUUACUCACCUGACUUUGAACCCUUUAUCUGGGCUCCCCUGGUUUUGUUACCAUGGUAAAUUAUUCUUAUUAUUACUCCUUUUAUGGGUCAAAAAGUGCGUAUUACACCUAAGAUGAAUAUGCCACUCAUAUACCUACUUAACUAGCUACUUAACUACCUACCUGCACAGGCGUGAGACCACACCUCCAGUCCUCGAAUUUCACCAUCCUCCCCAAAAGUUCAAAGAAUGUUGCUCAACUUGGUUGUAGAGUCCACCCCUCUCCCCUUACACACACCUUGUCCCCCUUCCUCCGACAUGCGAUAUUGAUCAAAUUGUUUAUCUCACCGGGGUCUUUGUUUUUGAUGAUGAUUGUUGAAAGCAUUUCCUGCUUGCUGUUUCCUGCUAGUGAUUUCCUGUUUGGCUUCCUGAGCCUAACACACCUGCGAGAGGGAGCAUGGCUCUCUCUAAGCCCUCUGCUGGACCACACCGUCGCUCCCCUUUCCUGUUUUAAUGAUCGUGUUCAUAUUGUUCAUAUGUAUGACGUCUCCAAAUGAUAUUCUUUAGACUUUGGUUGGAAACACUGGCUCUCAAGCUAGAAAAAAAGCUGAAGAUUUUUUGGGUUGUUGAAGAAAAUGGAUAUCACAAGGUUCCGAAUAUCAGACCACCGGUAGGUUGGGAUAUUUGCUAAAAAUGGAUCUUUUCCAAAAACAAAACUUGUCUUGAAUGCAAGAGGAGGAAAAUGUGAAAUAUUUAUCUUUGAGUCCUCUGAUUUCAUGUCAACAGAAAACUACCUACCUAGUGUCUGAAAAUAUUUGUAUUUUUUAUUUGUAUAUUUUUCAUACUGUUUGAAGGAACCGUUCAAUAUUGGUGUGCUGAAGUGUAUUUUGUAAGUGUAGAUAUGUAAUAUCUUUCACAGUAAUCACUGGGACUACACUGAAACCUAGUUUUCCUCAUUUCCUCAUCCUGUUGUUUGAAUGUGUUGGUUUGGUUCGAACCUCCUGUAUUCAUUGAUUAGCAUUUUUCCAGAUCAGUCCCUCUUCUACUUGUGCUUUAAACGUUUCUGGUCCAGAAAGAAAGCUCCCUUCUUUAGCUUGACCCUGACCCCUGACACCGUAGUCCCAUAGACAUGAAGCCCAGAGGUGACUCGAGAGAGAGAUUAUUAACGUUUAUCUCAAUAGGGGGCAGUGUGGAGCCAUAUUGGUUUUACCUUUCCAGACCUAUCGUAUCCUCUGACUAGGGGCUGAUUUGGGCUUCAGGGGUUUGCUAGAUCCUGUUCCUGGUUUCUUUGGGCUACAAAAGACAUAAAUACACACACACACGCAGGACACACACACGCAGGACACACACACGCAGGACACACACACGCAGGACACACACACGCAGGACACACACACGCAGGACACACACAUGCAGGACACACACAUGCAGGACACACACACGCAGGACACACACAUGCAGGACACACACACGCAGGACACACACACGCAGGACACACACACGCAGGACACACACACGCAGGACACACACAUGCAGGACACACACACGCAGGACACACACAUGCAGGACACACACACGCAGGACACACAUGCAGGACACGCACACGCAGGACACACACAUGCAGGACACACACACGCAGGACACACAUGCAGGAUACACACAUGCAGAACACACUCAUGCAAACACAGUAAGCACACAUACUUACACACACAAUACAGUACACACACCCACCAACACACACACACACACUUAUCUUACUGUUCCCAUGACUGGAAACCCAGAAGUGGAAGUUGUGUUGGAGGAUUGUUUUGCUUUUGUUGUCAGAAUUUGACCUUUGACCUUUGCUGUAAAAGUUGACAGUGUUUACAACAUCGCUCCUCCCAGAUUGAACAGGGGAAGAGUGCAUAUUCAACUAGUCACAAAUGUGUGAUUUGUAUUGCACUGUGUUGUACUUAAUGUGCUGAAUGUGUUUGUUUCAAAAACCUUUUUGUACUGUAUUUAUGUUUUUACAGCACUUUUCCACAUCCAAAUUCUAACCCUAACCCUUUUGAAGGAGUUGAUCGAUUUGAUCACAUUAUGAACUAAAGUUAAAUCCAAACAUGUUGUGAAUGAUUACAAAUGUUCAUGAUGGAGAAGUCCUAAUGAAUGUCAAGCUUUUCUUUCUAAUUUUGUUUCAUGUCCUUUCUUUUAUUUGACUUAGAUUGUUUUCCAAGUUCCACUACACACUAUGCAUGGGAAAUAAAGGUCCUCAGAGACAUUCAAUAAGA